CUCGUUUUCGUAUUAUGAAGACUGUAACUCAAAGGAUCACAAACUCCCGAGUCCCUCUCCUUGGGUAUCUGCAUGUUCCUCCCCAAUACAUCCGCCUCUUCCAAGGCCAUGGAAAUAGCAAUCCCUCAGAAUCCUCCAACUUUCCCCUUCUACCUCCCUCAACACAAAGGAACACUCCCCGCCAUAAAAGCACCCACCCCUACAGCAUCACCUUACUUCACCUCAUUCAUGACUCACCUGCGUCUGACUGGGCACCUAGUUAGGCGAACAGGCUCAUAGUAUUACAAGCCAGCCAUAGCUGUGGACUAAGGGAACUGGCAGGCUGAGAGGAACAUGAUUGGAAGAGUCGUUCUUGGCUGCUUGAAGAGAGAUGAUCGAUU